AUGGAUCUGGUCCUGGUCUACCCCUCCCCCUGGCGCCCCUCCGACACGGGCCUCGCCGACGCCUUCCGCGGCGCCGAUUUCUUCAAGACCCGCCGCAUGCACGGCCUCAAGCACGUCGACGACUCCGGGUGGGAGUUCGACUACAUGUUGGGCGACGAGAUUCAAAUCGCCCACCGGAAGCAGCGAGCCAGCUACAGCCCGCUGAGGCAGGCCCUGUCCCUUUACCCCGACAGGCAAGUUUUGAAGGACAACAGCUUCCUUGAGUUCCACACGCUCUCCUACCAGGAGGACCAGGGGCUGCAGCAUGUGGUCUGCAUCCGCCAUGACCGCUAUUGGGCGCGGGCAAGUGUCGCUCUCUUCUCAUCCAACACCAUGGAGUGGCAAAUUUUCCCUUGGGUGGAAACAAAGGCCCUGGGCCUGGUGCCCAAGAAUGCCAGAAGCUCUAUAAACCCUGGUAAGGUGGUUGAUGGAUUCAUAUACUGGAUAUUUCCGAAGGGAGCCGGUAUGCUCGUGCUCAAUGCGACGACAUCUCAGUUCCACCGAAUGGAUAUGCCGCGGCCCUUGAGUACGGUGCUCUUUACUACAUUCAAGCUUGGCGAGACCAAGGACGGGAAGCUCUGUAUCGUGCACCUAAAUUUUGAGGGCAUCAAUGAUGGGAUGCUUUUUGUUUGGUUGUGGGGAAAAGAUAGCGAUGGUGUGGAGAGAUGGAUGUUUGACAAGUCGUUUCCAUUGUGCGCAAUUGUUGAGUUCAUUAAUUGUUCAAUGGUAAUUCAUUCCAAAGUAGGAAUUUUGUCAGUUAUUGAUGGCUUUGUGUACCUGUCAGUUGCUGAAUGUCGGAACCGUAGUAAUUCUUCAGAGUGGUUCCUAUCAUUUUGCCUGGAGACUUCAGAACUGCAUCAGCUCUUUGAGGGCCCAUAUCAGAGUCAUCAUGAUGCCCAUCCCUAUGUCAUGCCGUGGCCUCCUUCUUUGGUAUACAACAAGGAUGGUUCAGAAGCUAAAGUUACUAAAAACUGUGCUGCAGAGGAUAGUCCUGUGGGCAAAGAAAAACCUCGUCCUAUCCUUAUCACAGCAUUGCAAUCUUUCAAAGAAGCUUUGAUUGAUGAUGAUGAAGCAAAUACUACCGAGGCAGCAGCCUUUUUCACAAUUGAGGAUGAGAAGAUGUCUCUCAUGAGAAAAAUGGCUACUUUGGAUGUACGAUUGACAAAUGCAAGAGAUCAUGUCCUGAGGUUAAGUGCUGACUCUGCAAAAUUGAAUAUACCAUGUCUUGAUGAUGAUUGCCAUUUCUGCUUUCUUUCACAAAUUCACAGUUAG